CAAGAUAGGGUUACUCUCUGUGUAACAGUCCUGGCUGUCCUUGAACUCACUUCGUAGACCAGGCUGGUCUUGAACUCACACAGAUCUGCCUCUGCCUCUCAAGUGCUGGAAAUAAAGGUGUGUGCCACCACACAUGGCUGCCACCAUUCUUUUUAAAAAUGUUUAUUUAUUUUUAUGAAUGUGUGUACCUGAGUGCAUGUAUGUGUACCAUGCAUGUGCAGGAGCUCUUGGAGGUCAGCAGAGGGCAUCAGAUCCCUAGAACUGGAGUUACAGGUGGUUGUGAGCUGCCAUGUGGGUGCUGGGAAUUGACCCUGGGUCUUCUGUAAGAGCCAUGAGUACUGCUGAGCCAUCUCUCUAGUCCACCGGCUUUUGGACAUUAUGGAACAGUUGGGUCUGGCAUCUGCUCAGUCCUCUCUAAAGACUUCUUCAGCUCUGUCAACCACAGGAAAGUGGCUCUGUCUUGUCACACUGAAUGUCCUCUGCACUUCAUCUGAGAACAAAGGAAUCAAGAGCUAUAGAAAAUAGCUUUUUCUAAAGAAAGAAAGAGUUUGAGAUUCCUGUGUUUCCUCUCCUACACUCCUUUGCCUUUCAAGGAUGCCAGGUUCCAAAUUUAGCAUUUGCAUUUUGUUAUGCACUCAUCCCCCUCCGCCUGCCCAAUGUUAUCCAAAUACCUCUCUGUUCUGUGGGUUUAGACACUGUUACUUUUGCUCAAGAACCUUACUCUGGGAAAUUAGAUGCCCCCCUCCUUUUUUUAUUCAUAAUCAGAAAUUUAACUCUGCCGUCCAGUUGGCCUUGGAGGAGAAUAUGAAAACCGCAGGACCUCAGUGAGAGCACAGAGAUCGCAGUCUCCAGGAGGGUGAUCUCCUGAGCAGUGGCCUGCUGGUUCAGAUACACACAAGCCAGAGUGUCAGAGCCAUUCACAGUGGGCAACGGUCAGCUUCUUGCUGGCCUUGCUGUUCCUGGUGAAAGCACCCCACGGCCUCUGCAAUGCUCACACUAUCUUUCACCUCCCCAAAGAUUGCGUCCUUGCCGUCCAACCAGUCUGGUACUCAGGAAGUGCAGAUGAAAAACUGGGAAACGUUUAUGUUUGGUUCAGCAUUUUCGAUGGACUAGAUGCCAGGACCUGUAUGUUGACAUCCCAACACAUGAACUCACAACCUUGGCUCAUGAAUCCUGGACUGAUUCUGGGAGAGUAGGCCGGGUAACUGAAUCGGUUCCCUUCAGUGCUCCCUAGCACCCACCAGAAAACCAGGAUUGACUCAAUGAAUUAUUAUCUUAAUAUGGGGGAACAGAAAUAGGCGGGUCCUGGGAGCUUGCUGGCCAGCCAGCCUAGCAAAAAUGGUGAGCUUCAGGUCCAGGGAGAGACCCUGUUUCAAGGAAUGAGGUGAAAAGCAGUAGAGGAAGACACCUAAGGACUCCUUUGGUCUCCGCAUGUCUGAACACCCCCACUCAAUCCUACACACAGGUACAUACAUACAUAUGCCAUUCAGCACAGACUCCUCCAAAAACCUCUUCCAUUCUUUUUUCAACUGGAGGGCCUUCAACUUGCUAUGUAGCGGAGGAUGGCUUUGAACUUCUGAUCCUCGUGGCUCCACCUCCUGAGUGCCGGAAUUGGAAGCGUUUGCCAACUUGCCAGGUUCAGACUCUCUCCCCAUCUGGGUCUGAUGAAAAGGUGCACCGGCAAGUUCAGCCUUCGCCGCACCCUUGCUGCCUCUAUUUUUGGUUAAGUGCUGCCUCCUGGCGACUACUCAGGACACCUUUGGGGCAACCUGGCCACUUUCUUUAAUCUGGAACCUUGAAGCUAAUGCAACAGUUCCCCCGAGGGGGCCGAGAGUCUGAACGUGAAGGCAGGCAGAGAUAAAGUCCAGGAGACCCCCAGCCCGGGCUGCAAGCAGGUCCCGCUCCUUCCCCCCGCUGUCCCCGGGGCUUCCUUCCGAGGUUCAGCCAACUCCUCGGUUGGAGGCAGGCGCUGUCUGGGGUUGGGGUUUUUGGUCAGACCGCCGUCUGGCUGCCAGCUCCAGCUAGAUUGGGAGGGAGGAAAGAGGAGGCUGGGUGUGCCUGGGGCAGAGGACACAUCUCUAAGGUCAUUUUCAUUCCCCGGGGACUCAUCUUGUAGGCGCGGGGCCGGCCUGGGGGGCGGGGGGGGGGGUCGGCUUGCCGGGCCUUUGGGUUCUCAGACCUUUGUUUCCUUCUCUCUCAUUCACCACAAUUCCUUUUUCCAGAGCUUCUUAGAUACAAGGGAAGGGAACAGAAGGGACGCCGGGUAGAGUGGGGUAGGGUCUCCAUCCCCACCCCGAUAGAGCCCUGUUCGGCGCCUGCCCAUUUGAGGGCAUCGAGGGCAUUGUGGCUAGGUCGGGUAUUGAGCGGCCCAGAUUUUAGCGCUGCAGACCAAGAGGAAGAGCCAACUAGAGGGAGGUGCGGGCGGGGCCCCAGUGAAAUGAGAGUGGCUGGGAGGGAGCGUGGGAGAAAGAGGCAAAGGUGAGCCCGCUGGUCGAGGGGGAUGGGCCGCAUCUAGACGGGGGCCCUGGAAAAGAACGUUAGGUAUGGAAGGGCCUUUUAGUUUUUCCAUUAGCUAAACAAAAGUCAGUUUCGUUUCUGGUGUGCAUAUAUGUUGAGUGUGGUGUAUGAGCACGUGUGUGUGUGUGUGUGUGUGUGUGUGUGUGUGUGUGUGUGUACUUGUGCCUGUGUCAAAAGGAUGCAGGGUGUGCACACUCGAUCACUCUGCUGAGUCCCUUGAGAUAAGGUCCCUCACCCCAUCUGGAGCUUGGGUGGCAGCCAUCAAGACUCAGCAAUCCUCCUGUCUCCACCCAGAGUAGCUUUUUACUAGGGUGCUGGGAUUAGAACUCAGUUCCUGCAGUCCUUCCCCUCUUCUUCCUUCCUUCUCUCUUUCCUUCAUCUCCUCUUUUCUUUCUUUUUUUCCUUCGUUCUUUCUUCUUUUCUAAAAAAAUUUUUUGGAGACAGGAUUUUUGCGGUCUAGGCUAGCCUCAGACUCAUUAUGUACUGAGGCUGGCCUUGAACUCCAGAUCCUCCUGCCUCCACAUCCCAAAGGCUGGGUUUGAGCUAUCAUCGUGACUAGCUCUAAAAUUCUCAUACCCCACCCCCACUGGCUGCUAGAGAUGGAACCUGGGAUCGUGAGCUUGCUAGGUAAGUGCUCUGCCACCAAGUCCUGAAAGUCAAUUUCAAACUGUUCUCAGUCUGUCAGUAAAAAUGAAAACCACACUCCUCCCCUAAAGCCAUUAAGAUGGAAAAGAUUAAGUAUCUGUGAAUUCUCCUUACUCUAAUCCAAGUGUAGUAACACCAGGUGGCCUGGGGGGCAAAUUCAAGGACCCACCCAGGAGCCCAGCCGGCUGGGACAUCAGAGAAGAGUAUUGUUCAUCUUUUGACUUAUUUAUCCAGCAAACAUCUCUCCGUGGUUUGUGUGAGCUUUCCUCCCCCACAGGGUACAAUGGUGAACAGAGCUCUUCUGAUGUUUAUCUCCUGUUGGCUGAGGUGAAGACCAACACAUAAUACCAGGAAUGAAAAAUGUCACAGGAAAGAAUGUUCCCAGUAGGGAGAACGGUCAAACAGUCAUUGUAAAAGCUCUGUGGCAGGAGUGAGGUUGUUGUGUGGUCCCAGGAGCAAGGCCAGACUUUUGUGAUACAAAGCAGGGGUAACUCUCUCUCUGCCUAUGGCCCUCACCCCCCACUUGAUAACCUGGAUCUCUCCCCAGAGUAAGAUUAAAGGGCAGGUCGGCCAGGGAACAGCCUAGAUCUAAAAGGGCCUCACAUUUUCCUUGGAAUAAUUCUCAUUGGGUGCCAGUGAAUUCUGAUGUCUGCCUUUUGGUAACAUGGGACUCGGCUCCUAUCUAGUGAUGCAGCCAGAAUUAAAGUUUAUUUUCUUUCCUGCGUGUAUACGUGCUGUGCCCAGUACUGCACGUGAAUGCAAGUGCCUGCAGAGGCCAGAAGAGGGCGUCAACUGUGCAGAGAGACAGGCAAUUGGGAGCUGCCUGACGGGUGUGAGGUGGCUCCAGAAUAGCAGGACAUGCUCCUAACAGCGUCAUCUCUCUAGUCCCCGUCAGAAUUCUUGAGCCCUUAUCUGGACCAAUCGGGAGUAAUUUGCAGAACACGGAUGUGAGUUGCAGGGUGUGGACUGGAGACCAGCAAACUGAUGGCUGCCUAAAGGCAGCAGCCACACCUGGGAUUGGGCUGCUGUGAAGUGGCCCUUCCCCGGGACGGAGAUUUCUACUGUCUACGUUUUCUGUGGUUUAACAUGCCUACCAAGAGGUAGCUUCUGAAAAUGACAUCUCUAGUAUAAAGCAGCUCAUACAGCUUUUAAACAUUUUAUUUAUUUAUUUUUUUACUAUAGUGUGUUCCUGUGUGUGAAUGUAUGUGUGUACAGGUGUGUGUGCACGUGCCACAGUGCAAGUGUGUCAGAGGACAGCUUUUUUUAAAUUUUAAUUAAUUAAUUAAUUAAUUAAUUAAUUUUUGUUUUUGUUUUUCAAGACAGGGUUUCUCUGUGUAGCUUUGCACCUUUCCUGGAUCUCGCUUUGGAGACCAGGCUGGCCUCGAACUCACAGAGAUCUGCCUGCCUCUGCCUCUCGAGUGCUGGGAUUAAAGGCGUGCGCCACUACUGCCCGGCUUAUUUUAUUUUAUUUUAUUUAUUUAUUUUUUUUGGUUUUUCGAGACAGGGUUUCUCUGUGUAGCUUUGCGCCUUUCCUGGGACUCACUUGGUAGCCCAGGCUGGCCUCGAACUCACAGAGAUCCGCCUGGCUCUGCCUCCCGAGUGCUGGGAUUAAAGGCGUGCGCCUCCACCGCCCGGCUAUUUUAUUUUUUUUUAAAGACAGGUUCUGGGUAGCCCUGGCUGUCCUGGAACUCACUGUGUAGGUCAGUCUGGGUUCGAACUCACAGAGAUCUGCUGGGAUUAAAGGGUUAAAGACCUGUAGCACCAUGCCUGGCCAGAGGACAGCUUUGGGGAGUUGCUCUUCCCCUUUCUUGGAUCAGCUUGUCAGGUUUUGAAGGCCAGCACUUUUACCUGCAGAACCAUCCCCCCAGCCCUCGUCUACUUUUUAUUCCAAGAUCACAUUUCCCCCGUUUCUGCAAAGUAAACAUUCAACAGAUAUUUAAAUAACGUGGUUUGAAAGGCUGCCAAUUUAGGAAUGUGCCCAGGGUGGCGCAGGUCUAGUUUUUUUAACCUAGCAACUCAAACUCAUUGUUAACAACUCCUCAGCCAAUUAGGGAUCUGAGCUGUGAGUGGGCUUGUUGAUAUCUGGGUACACGCUUGGCUGUACCCACAGGUGGCCUUCAUCGGUAUGCGCUGGCUUCCUUGGUUUGUUUUAGAGGCUGAAAUGGCACAAACUCUUGAGAUAGGACUGCAGAAUUUCACUGGCCUGACGGAGGGAUCUCGGGACCAAAUGCUGUAAGCACAGCCCGGAGGGAGGGUAGGAGAGUUAGGAAAUAGAAUGAAGGAGAGGUAGAGAGGGGGCUCCGGAGGGCACUUUAAAUUGCAGGGUACACUUAAGUGCCCAGCCAGCGAGGGCAAUGAGGACCACGAGGGGCUGAUGCGGGGAGGAGGAGCCGAACAGAGGAGAGGAUGCCUGGGUGUCAGCGUGCCCCUGCUCCGAGGUCCUCUGGGUCUGACCAGGCAGCCUCAGCUCCAGCCCGUCCUCUGGCCCCUCCCCACUGCCGGCCAGAGUCACACAUGUGUUUUCCUGUUUUCCAUUUCGGUCCGUCACCCUCUGCCUUUUCUGCUCCUCGGAGUCAACAGCUGCUGAAGUCACACCCCUGACUGUCUUAACUACCACCCCUCACCCCAGUGUGCUGAUAGCCCCCUCCUCCCUGCACUUGCCCAAAGGUCUCCAGACAGGUAAGAGGUGGGGAAGCAGGGAAAGUGGAUGUGUGGGGAAGCACAGGACGAGGAUGGAGUACCUGAAAAUGGGCCAAGGGGAGACGAAGAACCUUAUUUCUUGCUCCUAGCCCUGGCCCUGUCUAGGUAGAGCCUAGAGUCUGGAGACUUCAGCCUCUGGUUAAUGGGAAGUCCUGGGCAGAACAGUAAACAGUUUCUUUCUUUUCUUUUUUUUUUUUUUUUUUACUCCCCCCCCUUUUUUUUUAAAGGGACGGUCUUAGUUAUAGUGGAAUAUAGCAAAACAAAUGGAGAGCUGGAGAGGGAGGGGCCGAGCAGCUCUUGUGGAGUGAUGAGGAGUCUAAGUGCAUCAGCGAGUAUCUGUUUUGUUUCUGUUGUUAAGGGGGGCACCCAGACCAGUUGGGUAGCGGAAGGCAAACCCUGGGGUCUCUGAGGGAGAAAGCGUGUUCUCACAGGAGCUCGUGGAGCUUGGCUGAGGAGUCGAGAGUCUGAACCGUGUGCAGGUUCCUGGAGGAAGGGUGUUUCAGUGCUGCUGUUGGAGCAUGGUAGUUCAACACUGGCUGGCUGAGCACUCCGGGACUGAUGUUCUGGUGCCCGCCGGACUGAAAACUUCUCUAGGCUGUCCAGUGAGUGUACUUUUUUUUCCCUGGCAUAGCCACGAUGUUCUCAGAGAUGAGCACACCAAAGGCAAGGGGAAAAUGACAAGGAGUGUGAAGGCUUCUGUGAAGCCCGCUUUGCCGAGGUCCUUUAGGAGAGCCCGGGGGAGGCUGCUUUACCAGGCUGUCUGAAUGGAGGAAGUGUUCCACAGAGAGCCAGGGUCUCAGGGAGGAGAGUGAGCCGCCAAAGGCGUUGUCUUCUUGUCUUUGGGGCUAGGCAGUGGUUGAGAAAAGGGGGGGACAUUUCCAUGACUGGCAGCCUCUUGUGCCUGACUGCAGGGCUGGGAAGAUGAAUCCAUUUGUAGUACUUCCUGGUGAGACCACUAGGGCAUGCUAUUUGCUGGGGCGUGGACUCUGUCUUGGGCUGAUCUGGCUCAGUGCUUUGAGGAUUUCACUUUUAUGAUAGCCAGCCACGAAUUCAACCUUGUGCACCCCACCCUCCAUUUCCUUUUUUUCCUCUCUUUCCUGGGUUUCACAUUUGGAUUUGUACUCCGUUGGUGCUGGUGUAUUUUGAUCCCCAAAAGGCAGGUGUCCUGAUGUGUGCUUCUGUGUCUUUAGUAGUGGGCACCCUAGACAUCACAGCACUCUGGGCAGACAUCCUCACCGCUCAUUCUCACCCAGAGACAGGGAGUAGCAGCCUGAAGGCAGUGACAGUGUCACCUACAGCCACCUACAGACUGCAGGGGCUUUCUUUCCAAUCCGAUCCAAGCUCCUCUAGGUAACUCAUUAGGAGCCACCUGGAGUGGUUUCCUGUCUAAAGGGAAGGCCAAGAGACCAGUGACCAGCAAGGGCUGGAGAGCAGGAGGUUGAGCAGAUAGCAAAGCUCUGUGAUCUUUGCUGCCUACCUCCCCUCUACCUUGGCACCCCACAGAGUGUGUGGUACCUGCCUUGUGGGGCUGCAUACAGUUCAGUGAGAUAACGCACUGACAUGUGUAGCCGUGUGUCUGGCCUGGAUAAGAACUCAAGCAAUGCUAGGACUACUUUUAUGGAAGCCUUUCAGGGGAUGCUGGGAGAAAAGGAGAGUGUCUUCCAGGUGGUUUUCAGAUGUAUGUAGGGCUGUCUUGUGAGGGACAUGAGCUUUACAAUUUUUGUUUUAAUUUAAUUUUACGUGUGUGGGUGUUUUGUCUGCAUGUAUGGACAGUGCCCAUGGAGUCCGGAAGAAGGCAUCAGAACUGGAGCUGAAAUUGUGAGCCACCAUGUGGGUGCUGGAAAUUGAACCCGGGUCUUCUCAAGAACGGCCAGUGCUCUUAACUGCUGAGCCAUCUCUCCAUCCUCAAGCGUGGUCUGUGGAAGGCCUAAGCCCAGCACUCCAUCUUGAUUUAGCUAAAGAUUUUAAGGGGCCAGAAUGGAAAGAGGGCAAUGCAAGCAAGCUGGUGAAGGCCUUCCUCCUCUCCACCAUGGUCGACAGCACCAAGUAUGAAGUGGCUGCCCAGCAUGAGGCAAAUACCUCUGCUCUGGGGGAUGGGGCCAGCCCAGGGGCCGAGCAGGUAAAACUGAAGAAGGAGAUCUCGCUACUUAACGGCGUGUGCCUGAUAGUGGGGAACAUGAUUGGCUCCGGCAUCUUUGUCUCCCCCAAGGGCGUACUCAUGUACAGUGCCUCUUUUGGCCUCUCACUCGUCAUCUGGGCAGUUGGGGGCAUUUUCUCCGUCUUUGGGGCCCUUUGUUAUGCCGAACUGGGUACCACCAUUAAGAAAUCUGGGGCCAGCUAUGCUUACAUCCUGGAGGCCUUCGGGGGAUUUCUUGCCUUCAUCCGCCUCUGGACUUCUCUGCUCAUCAUUGAACCCACCAGCCAGGCCGUCAUCGCCAUCACCUUUGCCAACUACAUGGUGCAGCCCCUCUUCCCGAGCUGUGGUGCCCCCUAUGCUGCUGGCCGCCUGCUGGCCGCCGCCUGCAUCUGUCUCUUAACCUUCAUUAACUGUGCCUAUGUCAAGUGGGGGACCCUGGUCCAGGAUAUUUUCACCUAUGCUAAAGUGUUGGCACUGAUCGCUGUCAUCAUUGCAGGCAUUGUUACACUUGGCCAGGGAGCCACAACUAACUUCGAGAAUUCCUUUGAGGGGUCGUCCUUUGCAAUGGGUGACAUUGCCUUGGCGCUAUAUUCAGCUCUGUUCUCCUACUCGGGGUGGGACACCCUUAACUAUGUCACCGAAGAGAUCAGGGAUCCUGAGAGGAACUUGCCCCUCUCCAUUGGCAUUUCCAUGCCCAUCGUCACCAUCAUCUACCUCUUGACCAAUGUGGCCUAUUACAGCGUGCUAGACAUGAAGGACAUCUUGGCGAGUGAAGCUGUGGCUGUGACCUUUGCAGACCGGAUUUUUGGAAUAUUCAACUGGACAAUUCCAGUGGCAGUUGCAUUAUCCUGCUUCGGGGGUCUCAAUGCUUCUAUUGUGGCUGCUUCUAGGCUUUUAUUUGUGGGCUCGAGAGAAGGCCACCUCCCUGACGCCAUCAGUAUGAUUCAUGUUGAGCGGUUCACGCCAGUGCCUUCUCUACUCUUCAAUGGUAUCUUGGCACUGGUCUACUUGUGUGUGGAAGACAUUUUCAAGCUCAUUAACUACUAUAGCUUCAGCUACUGGUUCUUUGUGGGGCUUUCUAUCGUGGGUCAGCUGUAUCUACGCUGGAAGGAACCCGACCGGCCUCGCCCUCUCAAGCCUCUUCUUCCCCAUCGUCUUCUGCCUGUGCACCAUCUUCCUGGUGGCCGUUCCACUUUACAGCGACACCAUCAACUCCCUCAUCGGCAUCGCCAUCGCACUCUCAGGUUUACCCUUCUACUUCCUCAUCAUCAGAGUGCCGGAGCACAAACGACCUCUCUGUCUUCGAAAGAUUGUGGCCUCCACCACGUGGUACCUCCAGAUCCUCUGCAUGUCAGUUACUGCAGAACUGGAUUUGGAUGAUGGAGAGACGCCCGAACAAGGUCGCAAGUCUAACUAGAGCUCGGAAUCCGGGGUGCUUCUUAUGUCCCAUCGGCCAGGACCUCUGGAGGCCCCCAUCCAGGAGCCCAGUCUUGACAGCUUCAACUUUGAACUUGCUUUUGAGGGAUGAAAAGUAAUUUAUUUGUUUUGCUACGUGUUGUUUCAGACUUCAUAAAGGGAUACUGCAGACUGUGGCAGGAAGCAGGCCACUUCUGGAGCUUGGUUCUGGAAGUAACUGGGUGUGUCUACCCACUCCUCUUUUCCUUUACAAGGGCCAACAAUGCUCCAAACUUGUCUCCUUUAGAGGGACACAAAACUGUCAUAGUUGCAAAACAAUAAAAAGGUUACGUUCCUGAA